AUCAUCAUUUAAACUUUAUAAUACCUCGCCCUUAAAUGCGAAAUAAAGGAAGUAAACCAGUAUUUCAUAAGACGUUAAUGCGCAAUAGUCAAUGGAUAUAAAAAAGAUCUGAUAGUUUGUGAAGGAGUAUUAAAACUUUUCUGACCACGUAAUGUUGCGGUCAGUUGUGUCCGCGGUGGUGUUGGGUUUAGUUCUUCACUAUGCCAUGAAAUACAGAGACUGGGCAGGAUUUAGCAUAAAUAUCAUACCCAAAGUUCGCCCUGGACCGUGCCACUAUGCUCGGAAAGAUGGCGGGACGGAAGACCUGACCUACAUUGGAGAUGGUAUUUUUAUAGCGUCUGGCGGAUACAAAUGGAACAGCGACCGCGGUGAAAUUUUAUCCAUCGACGUCAACGAUGAGACGUCAGUUAUGACGCCGCUAACAAUCACAGACGCACCAAAUAGUGACGGCUUCAUGGUUCGGUGUCACGGAAUAUCAGCUUGGAGGGAUCCAGAGUCCGGCACUAUAUACCUGUACGUAUUAACCCAUCCUGAGUCGGCUGAUCGCGUGGAAGUGUUCGAGGUCGUCCUGAAGGGACUUCAUCUUAGACAUAUUCGCUCCAUUGUUGACCCAAGCUUCACAUUCAUGAAAGACCUUGUAGCGGUGGGCCGCGACCAGUUCUACAUAACGCGCUACAACUGGUUCCGGUCGUUCGUGUGGAUCCGCCUCUCACACUGGCUCCACAUCCCGGAAGGCCCCAUCCUGUUUUACGACGGAGGUCAGGUGAUGCGCGCUCUCCCGGACUCAUACUUCCUACCGAACGGCAUAAACGCAUCUCCAGAUAAAAAGACAAUAUACAUGGCCGAAUUGGGCACAAAAACAAUCCACGCAUUACAGAGGGAUGACAGUAACAAGUUGACAACAACAUGGAAAGAGUACGUGGACUCGGCUGUGGACAAUAUAGAAGUUGACAAGGAUACGGGGGACCUGUGGAUCGGCUCUCAUCCCAUCACUUUUAGGAUUGUGGACUUCUUCGGGUGGUUCGGAAAAAUACCGGCAUCACAGGUUCUACGAAUAAAGAUACGUGAUGGUGUGAUGACGUCAUUAGAAGAAAUUUACGCAGACGACGGUGACGAGCUUAAUGCGUCGACGGUGGCGGCAUACGGAGCCGGGAAACUUGUCAUUGGGAGUCUGUUCACACAAACUGUCGUCUGUGAUGUCAAAUACUUGACGAAAUAAUUAGAAAUGUGCUGUUUUCUUGUUGUUGCUUGAUGUUUAAUAGAGCUAGACAACCAUAUACACAUUCUUUAUCUCAAACAAAACUUGUAUGUACCUUAUUUGUUUAUAUUAUAAAUGCAUAAACCAAUGCAUAUUUUAUUACAGAAAAAAUGCAAUGCUAAGAAACAAACACACCAGGCGAGUGUUAAUUGCUUGAAUUAAGACACCGAGGCAAUAGUAGUCUAACCAUCAUCCAUUACGUACAAAGAUUACAUACCAUCAAAUAAAGUGAUUAUAUAUUCUAUAGCAAAUAGAUCAAUUUGAACACGGAUUAAUUGAUUUCACGACCGCCAACAGUCCAACAUCAUGUAAGGGAAGAAAGCUUCACAUGUGUUCUAAAUAUUAAGGUACGUUUACCAUGUGAAAAAAUAAAAUUAGUUGAACGUAACAAUUUUAUAUUCGAAAAGUGUCCCAACUCAGGCGGAUGAGAAGAAAAUGUAAACAACAAGAAUACUAUGUUAAAAUCACAAACCAUUCAGCUUCAAAGUGAUAUGAAAUAACCAUGCUUCAGUUCAGUGGAACGUGUUUAAAAGAAACGCUUGUACACUAAGUUUGGUUUUAUCUGCCCUAUACCCUGUUCUGUUAUGAAAUGAAAUGUUAUUAUUUGGAAACUGAAAAAAGCAAUAAUUUUCUUAUUAAAACGUGUAUGACAAGCAAUAAAUUACUGAAAAUGUUUAUAUAAACUAACUUUUGAUAAAAGGAAUAAAAAUGUUCGAAAAAAUACAAUGAAAUUAUUUGUAGCAACAACGACCUUAACUGGAAGGAAAACGCGUUAAAGAGGCAUGCAACGUACUGUAAUAGUAAUAUAAUGAUUAUAAUUCAUAGAACUAUGAUCAGUCUUUUUUAAUCGCACGAGACAUUGUGCAAAUCAAUCCUUGUCAAUAUUUUCUGUAAGAAGUAUAAACAAACAGCGACCGUGACCAUGAAGCGAAGUGUGUAAAAGUGAUUUGCACAGAUGCUCGAAAACAACCGAGGCUUGGUGGAUAAUAUAUACUAACACCUUUAGAGAUUGGCUGGGUCGCUAUGAUUUAUCUAAUUGAACAAAAUGCAAAUUCAUGAUUUUAAAGGAUUGGAUAAGAACAUUUUCAAUACUUUGUAUACAAUCUCAUUUUGAACAUCAAUAGUUAAGAUAGGGGAAGUUAUCAUAAUUUUUAUAUACACUUUGCUUGUAUGCUUGUAUCGAUUAAUUACCCUGAUACAACUCAUGCCUUUCUUGUAUGUUAUGUAUUUUGACGGUGGCCUUUAAUUGCUGAAUAAACUGUUGACUUGA